GGUAAUAAGACAAAGAAGAAGAAGAAGUAUUCGUUUACUGUCAAUGUCAUUUUUUAUCAAAAUUUUGCAUAUUCAUUAUUUUCGUUGUUAAAAUGAAAUGGUACGAAGGAGGAAUUGUUGAUGCCAUUGGGGCCUCACAAAAGAAAUCCGCUAUUUUUCUGGUUUAUGUUGAAGGUUCCGAUGAUGUGUCGACCCGGUUAAACGAAUUUCUAGAAAAUUCUGAAAUUAAGGGUUUAUUGGAGAGCGAUAAAUUUGUCGCCAUAAAAAUUCAGAAAGAUGGCAUAUCACAUCAACAGUUUCAAGCAAUAUAUGCCAAUUCUAUAAACCCCUGCUUGUACUUUAUUGGGAAAAAUGGUUCAGCAUUGGAUAUUAUUACUGAAGUUAAUGAUGUAAAUGAGUUGUUAAAGAAAAUAGAAAAUGUUGUCUCUAAGAAUGGUGGUAAAGAAAAUACUGCAGAGAGCACUUCAAAUUUUAUAAGUGGGGAACAAAGUAAUCAAAUGCCAGCUAAUGUAGUUUGUGAAAAUGGGGUAUGUACAAUAAAAAGGGAGGAACCAAGUUCCCCAUCGGCUGAAGAAAAGUUAGCUAGGGCGAAAGAAUUAUUGCUGGAGAAACAAAAACAGAAGGAAAUUGAAGAAAAAGAGAAGGAGCGUUUGAAGGAAAUUGAACGCAGGAAAAUGGGGAAAGAUGUGCAGGAAAUGAAGCGUUGGCAGGAGGAUCAGGAGUUAAAGCAACUCAAAGAAGAGCGCGACAGGGAAAAAAAGGAGAAUCAGGCGGCGAGAGAUCGAGUUUUGGCGCAAAUUGCGCAGGAUAAGGCUGAAAGGGCCUCAAAAUUCCCAUCAACCAGUGGAGGUAAUUCCCCUGUUGCCACAACAGCGGCAACCCCGCAAUGCGAGCCCAAACCGGCUCCAAAAUCGGAUGUUGCCAGGUUGCAGUUUAAGCUGCCGGAUGGCUCCUCGAAAAACCACGAUUUCCCUAGCGGAGAUAAAUUAUCGGUCGUGAGGGACUACGUGGCUAAAAAUCUGCACUUAACGUGUACAAACUACGCCAUGUCCACUACGUUCCCCAGAAGGGAAUUCACAGAGGCGGACAACGAAAAAUCGCUUUUGGAUCUCGAGUUGACGCCCAACGCGGUGGUUCUGAUUUUGCCCGUCAACAAGGGAGGCACCGUUCAGACCAAUCAGGGCCAAGGAUUGAUGGGCAUCGUUUGGAUGGUUCUGUCACCAAUAAUGGGCCUUCUAGGGUUUUUGAAGCUGUUUAUUUUUGGUGGUGGCAAUACUGGCGCAACCGAUCAGGCGGGGGGAUCACCAAGCACCGCCAAUUCCUCAUCUAGCAGGGCGCCAAAUUCGGUGGUUCACAUAAGAAAUAAGUACGACCUAAAUUCAAAACUGUCGAGUGCUGGUUCCAAGCUAGUCGUAAUCGAUUUUUUCGCCACCUGGUGUGGACCGUGCAAAAUGAUCGCGCCGCGUCUCGAAGAGUUGGCUAAGGAGUUCCGCAACGUUGUCAUACUUAAGGUCGACGUGGACGAGAACAGGGACAUCGCAUCCGCUUACAAGGUGUCCGCGAUGCCCACGUUCGCUUUUAUUAAGAACAUGCGCGUGCUGACCAAAUUUAGCGGCGCGGAUUUCCAUCAACUGAGAGACACUGUCGCGCGAUACAAAUAAGUCAACGUCUUUGUGUUUUUUUUCUCAAUAAAUCUACCGUUUUUAUUAUGUCGUCACUAUAGUUUAUAAAUUAUUUUUUAAUUAGGUUUUGGGCCUCACCAAUCUGACUUUUGUGUCAGAUUGGUGAAAAGAGAGGUUAAAACAGCUUGACAGUUGUCAGAUCACUUAUUUAUUAAAAACUCGCUCCACUCUUGCAUAAUUAAACUCGUGUAUGAAAUGACGUUUUUAAUACUAUAAUUACAUAAUAUAUUAUAUAUCUGUACCUCCUGAACACGUUUGUAAUAAAUCCUAAUAUAUUUUAAUAUUGUAUAUAAAUUUAAAUUAAUAAAACCACAUAUAACCUAA